UAUCAAAUUGACAAGUCUGAUAUUCUUUAUGUCACCAUACUAUUUUAUUUUAGAGGCACUCUAUGAGUGAAGACCCCUCCAAUGACAAAAAAUUUAAUUUGCAACUGCUAGAAACUAAACUUAAAACCUGCAAUGAAAAUAAAGAUAUAGAACUUAAAUCUUAUAUCGAAGCAUAUCAAGAAAUACAGAAGUUCUUUCCUUUGUUGGGAAAAAUAUUCUAUUUCAUUUACACUGAUGUCCAAAAAAAAUUAACAAUUUUGAAUAAUUUUACAUUAGAUACGAAUAAAUCAGGUAUUUAUAAAACAGUAUUGUCUAUGGUUCAUUAUGAAGUUACUCUCUUGAAGGAACCUAUAAAUGAAUAUAUAAUAAAAAAUGAUGCUGCCAUAGGAUGUAGAACAUUGUCACGCCUUCAUAGGGCCUUUAAUUUUUUUAUAAACUUUUUAGAGGGAAUAGUUAAUAAACAACAAAUUUUAAACAAUGAAAAUUUUACUAAUAAUAUGGAUUAUAAACUGUCUACUAUAGCAAUAGAAUCUUAUAAUUUAACAUUAUCACAAUUCCAUCCAUGGAUCAUUAAAAAGGCAGUUCAGGUUGCAGCUCAUAGCCUGCCUACAAAAAAUGAUUUACUUAAUCAAUUAGACCCUUGUUCAUUUAUAUUAGAUAUUAAUGAGAUCCAUCAUUAUAGAAAUGAGAUAAUUUUGCAAAAAUUUAUAGAUAUUAUACAAGAAUCAAAAAAAAUAUAUAAUAAUAUUCAAGUUAUUUACAGAAAAUAUAAUAUCACAAACAUACCAUGAUAUAUAUAUUUAAGUGUUCUAUUUUAUUUCAAUGAUAUAUGAUUCACAUAUGAUGUUUGGGUUUUCCAAAUGAGAUUAAUU